AAAAACGGAGCUGGGCUCUGGGUCUUCUGCUGCAGGUGAUCAGGGAUGGAUACAAGAUUCGUGGUGCUGCUAGUGUGUGUCUUGAGCCUCUACCUGUGUUGCAGGGCCCAGCCGACCUAUGUGGUGGACGCGAGAGUCGGUCUAGGGCGGCAGUUCGACGGCAUCGGCGGACUGAGCGGAGGGGGAGCUACUUCUCGUCUUCUGGUUAACUACAAUGAUCCCUACCGGGAGCAAAUCCUGGACUUCCUGUUCAAGUGCUCCAUAACUGCUUUUGCUACGUUUUUUAUGGACGUCGUUUGUUGUUUUCAGCCAAAGUUUGGAGCGUCCCUGCAAAUCCUGAAGGUGGAGAUUGGAGGAGAUGCUCAGAGCACAGAUGGCACGGAGUCAUCUCACAUGCAUGCAGCAGGUGAUCUGAACUAUGAGAGGGGCUAUGAAUGGUGGCUCAUGACCGAAGCAAAGAAGAGGAACCCGAACAUCAAACUGUAUGGACUCUCAUGGGCCUAUCCAGCAUGGGUUGCAAAUGGAGGUGACACCAGCAACCCCUACGGUUUCCCUGAACUGACUGCUGGCUAUAUCGUCAAGUGGAUCCAGGGAGCCAGGUCUCAAUAUGAUCUUGAUAUUGACUAUGUUGGAAUUUGGAACGAAAGGUAUUUCAAUGCUACGUACAUUAAGACGCUGCGAGAAGUUCUGGAUGAAAACGGGUUCUCCUCGGUCCAGAUAGUGGCUGCAGAUAGCAGUUUCAGUGGCAUUUCGACUGCCAUGUGA